AUGCAGCAAUCCAGCAACAAGAACAUUCUUCUCUCGGAUCUCUUCCGUAUCAAGGAUAUCGAUCCCAAUGGCAAGCGUUUCGAUCGCGUAUCACGCUUGGUGGGCAAAUCGGAAACGUACGAGAUGACUGUGUUGUUGGACUACAAUUCUGAAAUCUACCCGCUUGAAAUCAACGAAAAGGUGUCGAUUGUCCUUGCGUCGUCCUUAUCACUCGAAGCCAAAAGUGAAGCUGGUAACGCUGACGGCAACGAAGCACGUGAGAGCUGGCGUGAACGUGCACCUGGAGAGCAUGAUUUGAGUGAUGAAUACGAAUAUGUCAUGUUUGGCAAGGUAUAUCGGUACGAGGAUUCCAAUCCUGGUGUUGAUGAGGUCGGCAAGAGCGUAGCUGUAUACAUUUCUUUUGGUGGUUUGUUGAUGUGCCUGGAUGGUGAUUGCCGACAUUUGGAACCUCUCACUGUGGGUGAACAUGUGUAUCUCUUGAUGCGAAAAUAG